AUGCCACCAGAAUUGCCUCAUUACUGUUCAUUUUCAACUCCUCUGGUCAGGUUUUCCCCUCCAAGCUCACCUGAAACAGAUCCCAUUUCACCUGUCAUCUGCAAAUCUUUCAAAGGAAAUAAAACUAUGAAAAUUCCCGGAAGAAAACUCAUACCUCUGCUUGUUUUCAUUUUAUCAACCAUCUCCAUUCUUAGACUUCUUAGAAUUGCUACCACUACAAAUCCUUCUCAUUCUCCGUUGCCUACGCUACCUCCAAAUAUGCAACCCGCAUGUAGUUUCUCAUCUCCAAAAUGCAGCAAUGUUUCAUCAAAUGUACCUAACAGCUCACUCGCUCAACAAAAUACUUCCACCACUGCAACCGUCCUCACAAAAAAGGAAUUUGAGCUUCUCUCUAAUCUCGUUAAGCGCAAAUCGCCCUGCAACCUUCUUUUUUUUGGACUGGAGGCUCAAUACCUAAAGCUCUCAUCAAUAAAUUCAGGCGGCAUCACUGUCUUUCUAGAGGAUGAUCCUGACAAGAUAAAUUCAGUCAGAGCAAAAACUAACAGCACUCAUAUCUAUAAGGUUGACUACCAUGAACCUGCAAAAAAAGCUUAUCAGCUGCUCAAACAUGCAAGGAAAACUCGAGCUUGUGUUCCCAGAUCAGCAAGGCUUCAAAAUUCGACAUGCAAACUUGCAUUAAGACAUUUACCUGAAGAAGUUUAUAAGCAAAGAUGGGAUAUAGUGGUGGUGGACGGACCAAGUGGACACUCACCAGAAGCCCCAGGCAGGAUGGCUGCAAUUUAUACGGCUAGUGUGAUAGCAAGAGCUGGAAACACAACAGAAGUACUGGUACAUGAUGUGGAUCGAACAAUUGAGAAGUGGUUUUCCUGGGAAUUCCUAUGCGAAGAGAACUUGGUUUCUUCCAAGGGUAAUCUCUGGAAUUUUAAGAUCACAGGUAACCCAAAUUCUACAAAAUUUUGCAUGCACAAAACAGCUUUCUUUGUCUAAUAGCCUUUUUGCUAGUGUAAUUGCACAGAGAAUCAAAUCCAAUUAUUUAAUAAACA